AUGGUCUUCAGUGAGAUCCAGUCAUGCCCUGAGCCCGUGGUCCAGGCCCUCAGCUGGGAGGACAGGGGGGUCCUCACCGGGGUGCCCCCGUCCAUCCGUCUGUCUGUCUAUUUAUCUAUCUAUCAUCUAUUCAUCUAUUCAUUCAUCCAUCCAUCUAUCCAUCCAUCCAUCCAUCCAUCCGUCCAUCCGUCUGUCUAUUUAUCUAUCUAUCAUCUAUUCAUCCAUCCAUCCAUCUAUCCAUCCAUCCAUCCGUCCAUCCGCCUGUCUGUCUAUUUAUCUAUCUAUCAUCUAUUCAUUCAUCCAUCCAUCUAUCCAUCCAUCCAUCCAUCCAUCCAUCCGUCCAUCCGUCUGUCUGUCUAUUUAUCUAUCUAUCAUCUAUUCAUCCAUCCAUCCAUCUAUCCAUCCAUCCAUCCGUCCAUCCGUCUGUCUGUCUAUUUAUCUAUCUAUCAUCUAUUCAUCCAUCCAUCCAUCUAUCCAUCCAUCCAUCCGUCCAUCCGCCUGUCUGUCUAUUUAUCUAUCUAUCAUCUAUUCAUCUAUUCAUUCAUCCAUCCAUCUAUCCAUCCAUCCAUCCGUCCAUCCGUCUGUCUAUUUAUCUAUCUAUCAUCUAUUCAUCCAUCCAUCCAUCUAUCCAUCCAUCCAUCCGUCCAUCCGCCUGUCUGUCUAUUUAUCUAUCUAUCAUCUAUUCAUUCAUCCAUCCAUCUAUCCAUCCAUCCAUCCGUCCAUCCGUCUGUCUAUCUAUUUAUCUAUCUAUCAUCUAUUCAUUCAUCCAUCCAUCUAUCCAUCCAUCCAUCCGUCCAUCCAUCCAGCUGUCUGUCCAUCCAUCCAUCUGUCCGUCCACCCCAUCCUCAUCUUUGGAGGGAGAUGACGCUAACACGAAGCCCUUUGGGUGUUGGCUGCGCCUGAAAGAAAUCUCAGGGCUCUGCCUCGGUGCGGGCUUGGCCCCGUCGCCUGCCCGGGCUCAGGUGAGGAGCCUCUUUACCUCACUAACUGCCGAGCCUGCGAGGCGCUGAGUGAGGAUGGCCGUGUCCCAUCCACCGUCCCGGGCGUCCGCGGUGUCCGGGUCUCUGACCUGGCCCACAGCCCCUUUGCCGGCCGGGUGAAGGCGCGAGCUCUGCCCUCCCUCGCGGCGGAGUCUCGAUGGGAAGUUCACUUGCCCAAGAGCGAGUCGGUGAGUGAGAGAUGGAGCCUCCGUGGGGACGGGGUGAUGUGAGCCAGAGCAGCGUCCUCCUCUCUCAGUCCCGGGCUUCCUGGACGCGCAGGACUGAGAGGGCAGGAGGCCCUGCGCGGUGAGAGGUGAGAACGGAAGGUCUGGCUGGGCUCUGGGGAGGGGCCCCGCUGUGCCCGGGGCAGAGUCCCACGAGAGCGAGCACGUCCUGCAGAGGAGCGAGCACUGGGAGCACCGCGGCCGGUGUUCCUGGGACCUGCAGCCUGGAGUUGGUUUGGGGUCCCUCCCCCUGCAGCCACACACUGGCCUGUGGGACUGGUUCUGUGCCCCCAACAGAGGCGGACGUGGGGUUGGGUCUGAGUCAGGCAGCACCCGUCUCACCGGGGUCAGGGGUCAUCUCAACAAGGUGCAAGCCGGCGGCCUGGCUGGGAGUUCAGCACGUGGCCGUGUUUGUGUGGCCGUGUUUGCGUGGCCGUGUGCGCGAGCCCAGCCACGUGGGCAGACCCCGUCUUCCAGCAACCCCACCAGUGCCAGCUGGUCCCAGCAGGUUCAAUGGGGACGCCUUCCUCCCACUCACAGCUCAGUCACAGCCCAGUGAGCUGGGCCCGUUUUUUCU